CACUCAAACUGGAAGAUAACUGUAGUGAAGUGCCCAAAGCAAAAGAUCUUCAUGGGACUCUCUAUGUCUUAAAAACCUUUUUCUCUUUCCCUCUCUCUCUCUUAAAUCCACAGAGUAAAUCCAGCAAACUUCCACUUUCAGAGAUCAAAAUUGUGUUACUUAAAUGAUGAAGAUAGACUAAUUCCUUGGCGGCGUUUGCAGUUUCUUAAGCUUCCGCAUCAUCUACUCUCAAUUUCUUAUUAUAGAAAAGAAAAGGGAAUCAAAUCAAGAUUUUCCCUUUUCUUUGAUAUCUCUUUGUAGUGUGUUGUGUGUGUGAUGUUGAUUAUCACUGGGGAAAGAAAUGGCAGGGUUCUUCUAUCUAGGGGGGAGAGACAACAACAACAAGCAAGAUCAUCAUCAAGUAGACAAGGAUCAUCAUCAUCAAGACAAUAGCAAUUAUCUUUAUCUUUACAAAGAUGAGAUCUAUAACAACAACAAGGGUUUCGAGAUUUGGCCUCCACAAUACUUCCAACAACAAGAACAUCAACAACAACAACACCAACAGCGACAACAUGCCUCAGCUCCUGCAAACUUCUACUCAUUUGGAAUGGUUCCAAGCGGAAGCAGCAGCAACAACAACAAUAACCGGAGCAGGAGUUUAUACUUCAACGUAGUCUCCGAUCAUGAGCCGGGAGGGUUCACGGUGACGAGACAAGGAGGUAUGAAUUGUCAAGAUUGUGGGAAUCAAGCUAAGAAAGAUUGUCCUCAUAUGAGAUGUAGAACUUGUUGUAAAAGCCGAGGCUUUCAUUGUCAAACUCACGUUAAGAGCACUUGGGUUCCUGCUGCUAAACGCCGUGAGCGUCUAGCCCAACUCGCUUCCUUGCAGCACCACUCAGCCUCUAGCCGUGAAACGCAAAACGCAAAACGCCUUCGUGAAGCUAGUGGUGGUAAUAAUGAUGAUGAUAAAGACCAUAGUGGUGGUGCUGGAUCGGCUCUUGCUAAUACACGAGUGGUGAAUGCUAAUUCUAAUUCAGGGUUGGAGGUGAGUCAACAAUUACCACAGGAGGUUAACUCACCGGCGGUAUUCCGGUGCGUUAAAGUGAGCUCAAUAGAAGACGAUGAAGAUGAUCAAGAAUAUGCUUACCAAACGGCUGUGAACAUUGGAGGACAUGUCUUCAAAGGCAUUCUCUAUGACCAAGGACCAGAUCAAGAUCAUAAUCAUCACCUUAACCUCCUUGCCUCCACUGCAACCACCACCAAUGUGGAGGAGACUGCCACGAAGACGGUCACCGGUAACAAUAAUAAUGGAUUAAUGCUUGAUCCUUCUUCGCUCUACCCGGCUCAACUCAACUCCUUCAUCGCCGGUACGCCAUUCUUCACACCUCCGAGGUCUUGAGAUUCAGAUAUCAGUUAUUGAUUAUGUUAAUCUUUAAACGUUAUAAUAAUGAGAGGCUUUCAUUUUGUUGUUGUUUUUGUAUUCGUCUUUGUGUUUUUGACAUUUCGUGCAAUUUGAUAAAACACCCUUAGCUAGGUUGUUACUUAGUGGUGAUAAACAUGCAUCUUGUACGUACGUACGUUUUUAAAAAAGAUCAAUGAGGGUUAAAGUAAUUAAUGUUCAUGUUUUAAAGAUU